AUGAAACCAUCACAAAGCUCCCAACAUGAUACAAUUGAAAGUGAAGAGAAAAGCCAGAUUUCUACUUCUGAUUACGAGGAGUAUAUCAGCUUACCACUAACAUUGACGCGGAUUUCUGAUUCACAAAGGAAUUUUUUUGAAAAUCCUCCUUGGAAUGCUGCAUCAAAAUCUACUAUAAUCAAGUCUAAUUUUUUGUCAGAAAAUCUUGACAGAAGUAAUUUUUUAGAAAACAAUAAUGAUUCAACGAAAGAUAUUUCUGAUAGUCCUCCUACACCUGAAGUUACUGAAGGAUCAAGCUUCUGCUCAUUUAUUAGUGAAACGCCACAACCAAGCAGUCCACUUCCAAAAUUGCACUUAUCAUUGAAUAGUCAAGGUAAUAGCAUUCUUCCAAAUAAAUCUUUAGAGCAGGAGAGUUUGUCUAAAAAUUUAUCCACGUCUCAUUCUACUAUAAACAAAAGUACAAACCCUACUACUCCUGCUAGUAGUUUCAAUUCAAUUCGAAAUUCUCACCUGACAGAUGAAUCUACUACGGAAAAUCAGAACAGAUCUUUAGUUGAACCUUUUAGAAGUAUUCAAAUUUCUUCCAACACUGAAGCAACAGUAGAGACGCCACCUGUAAUUCAGUUUGAUGGGUUGAAUAUUCCAGUAGAUGGAAGAGAGUUGUUUAACAAACCCAGACUCCGUCAAAGAAAUUCCGAUCAAAUCAGGCCCUAUACAGUUUUUCAAAAAAAUUGGAAUCGAAUGGUACAACAAAAUCCUGAUUUAGCGGAGUCUGAUGAAUAUGAAGAUGAAUAUGAAGAUGAAGACGAAGAUGAAGACCAAGACGAAGAUGGAGAUGGAGAUGGAGCUGAAGACACACAAAAUAAUACCUAUUAUGAUGGUCAUUUGAAACAGUUUGGAAAUGACUCAGGCAACUCCAUCAAUAUUCAAAAAAAAACUGAUAGCAAAAAUGGAAAAAGGAGUCUAGCAAUGAAUGACAGUCCGGUUAAUCAUCCACUCUUUUUAAUAUCUAGUGAUGAUGGAGCGGAAAACCUUAGUAUCGAUACCAAUACUGAUAUCAACUCUGAUGAUGAUGACAUUCAAAUUCACAGAAAACGAAUACGUAAUAGAAUUGCAAUUGAAGACGAAAGCAGUCAAGAAAAGCAUGAUGGAUCAGACCCUUUCGAAGGAAUACCAACUCAAGAUAAACGGAUUUUAAAGAGAGCAAUAAGGAAAGCAAGAGGUUCCAUGCCAGCCUCUCACUUUAUUCGGGAUUAUUGGGAACAGAAGGAAUCCGAAACACCUGAAAUAAACCCAACUAAUUCAAAACCCCAUAACACUUCAUCAAAUUCCAACAUAAGAAAUAAUAAAGGAGUUGCCACUAUUAAAAAGAGCAUGAUCAGAGUUUCGCGUGGGACUUUGAGAAAUUUUAUUGAUGACAGCUCUCAGCCAAAUAAUAAUGUGGAACCAUAUCAAGUCGUAGAUCAAGAAAGAUUGGUCGACCUCGAUGUUCCAAAUUCGUCCCAGCAUUCAUCCGAUUCAAAUGUUGAUCUCUUUGACAAUGAAAAUUUUUGGAGAUCGAAUCAUUUUGUAGGUCGAAAAGAUUUUGACGAUAAUCAUAUGAUCUCUUUUCAGGAUCCUCCUCGGAAUUCUAUGGUAUUAACGGAAGCGACAAGAAUAAAUAAUUCGCCUCAGCCUUCAUCAGUUAUUUUGAAUUCAGUAUCUCGCGACAGUAAUGGCAGUUCAUCCUUUCUUCAAGCCAAUAAUGAUAUUUCUCGCGUCAGUCUCAGGAGAUCAUCGCAACAAGUGACUGAUCCAUCAGGUACAAUUGACUUGGAAGAAUCUAAAACAUUAGGUUCAGAUGAAAAUAGAAAACACGCAAUUUUAUUACCAGAAGCCGAAAAUAUUCGAUACCCAACACCUUCAAUGUCCAAUAACUGCCCGAACAGCUAUAAUGAGAAAAUUGAUACUUCGGAAGUUGAGGUAUUAGGCGUACGUAAUAACUUAUCAGUACUUCAGCCUGAAGCUAUGGAACGUGAUGUUAUAGUCACACAAAUCAAUAAAUACAGGAAGAGACUUCAUUUUGAAGCGCAUCACUUUUCAAAGAAAAAAGUAAGACCUUCUACAUCUUCAAAAGAUAAGGAUCUUCGGAAGUGGAAAAAAAGGUUAAAAGGUGCUUUACCCCCUUCAUAUCUUUUAGUAGAAGAUAAAAUUGCUAAUAAUGAAAAAAGGCUACCAAGCCGGAGACCUAAGGUUCAAACAAAACUAAUGAACACAAUAGAGUCAGUCAAUUCACGUCUACAAGUUCACUCGGAAGAAGAAACUAUUAUGUUUUCAAGCGAUAAUGAAUUUUGCAAUGGUGCCAAUGAGAAUUAUGAUGCUGACGAUGCUAUCUCCAAUAAUAGUAGUGACGAUUUAUUUAUUACCGCAAAGCAUCAAAGAAAUGCUGUGGAUAUUAGAGCUUUCUUCAGAACUAAAAACAAACCAGAAAUCGAUCAUCUUCUUUCAGAACCUAUAAAAAAACCUGCUAAAUCCCCACAACUAUCAAAACCUGAUAAUCGUGUUUCUCACUCAAUUUUUAAUAGAAUGAUAGGUCUUCCGGCAACAAAUAAGAAUCAAAAUGGUCUUCCAGCUUCUAAGACACUCAAUCCCAAUUCCAAUUCCAAGAAGCGUUCAAAGCCUAAAUUAAACUCUCGAAUCUUUGGUCGUGUUUAUGCCUUUCCACCUAAUUCAGGUAAUAUUCAAAUUAGAAAAACUGUGGACACCUCAAAUGCAAAAGAUAGAAGAGUGAAUAAAUUAGUGAAUGAACACAAUUUUCAAGUUUACGAACACCAUAGAAAUAAAGGUAAAACAGUGACGAAAACCAACUUAUGCACUAUCAAUACUACAAGCAAACGGAUGACACAAACCAGCAAUGAUUGGCAAAAGAAUGCUGGCAUUGAAGAAUGGAUUACUGAUAUGCCUUCAGAUUUUGAUGAUCCAUUUACUGGAGAGAUACGGGCUUAUCCUUCAAGAGAAGGUGGCGAGGAGUUUGAAGCUGAGCUCAUAAAUAGAAACAACGAUCUAAAUGAAUCAGAAAAAAUUUCUGUUAUCAAUGAUACCGCGGUUAUCAGAGCAUCAGAAUCACCCAAGUUGGUUGACCCUCGUGUUUCAGUUAUAUCAAAAACUACAGAAAAUCUAGACAAUGUGCUAAAAACGAAGAAACAUAAAAAAACAAAUGUUUAUUCUGACUAUUCAAAUGUUUUACCUCUUUCUACUAAUUUAGCUUUUGAAAAGGAUUCAUUCAUUGGAUCCGGGACUCUUGAGGCUGUUGUUACUGGAAUUGACCCUAAUCCUCCUAAUAUUUGGGCUGAUCUUUUUGAAGGUCCCUUAGAUGUUGUGAAUUUUUCCGGGAUCAAUUCUAUUUUCUUUUCUCGCAUGGAAACAUUUUACAACUUAUUCUUGACCUGGUGUAAAAAUCCACAGUUGGUUACACAUGUUGAAUACGAGACUGCUUACAGAUUUUUGACACUUGCCUGCAGAUUUGUUGCUUCAAAUGUAUCUGGCUUUGAUGAAAUUAACUCAGAAAGAUUUCUACGUGAGCUGCGAACUUUUAUGGAUAAUUGCUUAUCACUUGGCUUGACAAAAAGACCAAAUGAAAUAAUAGAAAAAAUUUCCAUUACAUCAUUAACGUUUUCCGUUGCGUUAGUGUUACCUUUGUUUUCAUCUCUUACCUCAAUUAGGUCGGAUAUUGAAAAGCCUAUUUUUCAUAAGUUUAGCCCAGAAAUAUUACAAUACUUUAUCGAGUACGGUAUGAUACCCAUCUUUCAGCAUAUAAAAGGUGCUGAAAUACUAAAAAGUGACCAGUAUUAUAUUAUGGAACUAGCUACGAUUAUUAUUAAUGUUCAUAAUAAAGCAUUUAAGAUUCAGAUAGAAUCUUGUUUUCCUAACCCAUCCCUCUCCGAGUCUUUACAUAUAUUCGGACUAUUAGAUACUCCAGAAAUCAACACAUCCUUUGAUAAUUUGGAGUCUGCAUGGAAAUCAUUUUACUCGUUUAUUCCGUUAUUGAACUUCAAGAGCUUUGUUUCUGUUGAUUCAAACUUAUAUUGGGAAUUUGUCGUUUCCUUACUUGAUAAAACCUUGAAUUUCAUCAAUAAUAAUGAUUUGAGGACUGAUAUUGUUAUUAAAGGGUCUCUUCGUUUUCCUAAAUACCUAAGUGAUAAAAGUGUUUUUUAUUUACAUGCUGUUCUUGCGAGAAUUUCCAAUCUUAUGACUAAUUGGAAGUGGAGUGGAAAUAAUCAAAUAAUCAAAUUCUUAUUUGACUUUUUCUUUAACAGAGAUUUCUACAAUGUUGAAAGAUGGCAUGUAAAGAGUCCCUUAGAGCUUACAGUACUUGAUGAGUAUAAACUUGAAAAGAGGGAUUCUUGCUUUGUUCAGUUUCUUAAGUUAUAUGCAAAUACUGUAGAGUAUUUUAUUCAUCACAACGAUCCUUUGUCAAUUAUUCAUGAAAUCAAUAUUGUUAAAGUCUUUAGUUAUCAUCGUGAAGAUCCUUUAGAGGAAGCGGAUCUUGAAGCACUUGACAAUAUGUAUUCAUUUUUGCUUCUUAGACAUAAACUCGCACCUUUAAAGCUUAGGUUAUCUCGCAAUCAGUUAUCCGAAUUUGUUAAUCCCCGUGCGAUACAUGCCAGUGCCCGUUAUUCAGUUUUAAAGGCUUGGGAUUCAUUUAUGGAUAUCCAACUUCAUCGGAAAGGCACCCGAUUAUUGAUUGCAAAAGAUUGGUUUUAUAAUAUACUUGGUUGGGCAAUCAAAGAGUAUUUGUUACUUUUGGACUACUUUAAAGAUAAACCAAAUCUUUUAAAGCUUAAUACGGUUCCGUAUAUACGCUUUUUUGUUUCGGCAUUCACUGAACUAAAACACUGGUUAUCUAUUGAAUACGUGUCACACAAAGAUUGGAAAACACUUUUAUCAUCAUUUUUUGCUAAGUCGAUUUUAACGGACAGUCAUGUCCCCGAAGGUAUUCUUGAGCUUUAUUUCUCUGUUCUGAAAUGCUACGUCAAUACAGCAUCACAAUUGGCGUCACCGGAUUUUGGAGGUUCUGUUUUUCAACCACCAAGAACUAAAGAGAUUGCUUUAGAGGAAAUUACGGAAUGGUUUUCCGAUUCAGAAAUCUUUACAUUUAAAAAGUUUAUUGCAUUGGCGUUUCGGAAAAAUGAUACGCCUGAUUUCACUGAUAAUUUUAUCCAAAAAGCAAUUAAUACCUAUACAGUAUGCGCUGAGUUUUUAAUCAGGAAUAAAAAAUAUAGUCUGGACGAUUUCAUUGCAGACUAUUCAGAAGCUUCAGAUGAUGUUUCGAAAUCCAAGAUUUAUCUUCCACUUUUUCUUGCUCAUGUGUUAAAUCAAAUUUCUGAGGAACAAUUUUCAGUUUCAGAAAAUACAUUUAUUACAAAAUGGAUGAAUUUUUUAGUUACUGAAGAAAUUAACCAUGAGCCUGAAUACGCAAAGUCUCUUAUAAAAAAAUCACCAAGUAUUUUUACGUCUGAAGAAUUAGAAUCUUUGAGCAUUUUUAUUGAAUCUUAUUCUUGGAACAGAUCAUCAAUAAUCAAGGUUGUCAUUUCUUCGAUUAAGCGUCUUGUGGAUAGUGACGAUUGGAGUAAAGUGAAUCUUGGGAAGAGUAUUUUGUCUUCAUUAGCCUCAACUCUUAUAUCCUUUGUAUCUGCUCAAAAUGUAAAGGAGGAUUUUCAUCUUUUAUGUCUUGAUUCUCUUCAAAGAAUUAGAGAGACUUUCCCAGACAUUUCAAAUAGUGAAAUUUCAGCUGUUCUCAACAAAUAUGAGUCCAAAACAGAAAAAAUUAUAUCAAAUCUCAAAACUAAGCUGACCAGCAAAGCUUUUGUUAGAUCGUCUCAUCAUCAGCAUAUUCUUAAUUUUAUCACAAAAAAACGAGACGACUACCUUCAAAUAUUUUUUAAGACUUUUACUUCAUCAUUUAAAGAUGGUGUUUACAUUGAUGAUUCGAGGCUGAAAACAGGAAGAGAUCUAUUUUUGAAGUAUACGUUGGCACCUUACUUUCUAAUUUGUCGGAAAGGAAGUUAUAAUCAAUUGAUCUUUUUACCACCGUUGUGUGACUUGGCUCUCAAGAUAGUUGAAUUUCAAGCAAGUAGUGCGCUCUAUUUUCCUUGUUCAGCAGUGACCUAUCUUAUCGCAUCAAUGGUAGAAUAUCUUGCAGUUUCUCCUUUGUUAUCAGCAUCUUCAUCGCAAGAAAGAAUUUUCUUUGCAAUUUCUUGGAAAGUAUUUCGCACUGUUUUGAAGCUUAUUCAUUUACAACUUUUUUGGGUAAAUGAUUUUUUACUUUCUUCAGAAGAAAGGACUCUUUUUUCUUUUGUUAUUGAUGCUUUUAUUAUUAUUUACGGAAAGAAUGCUGUCGGUAUAACUGGAUUGGAGUUUCCGUCUACUGAUGGUUUAAAGGACUAUGAGAGAUCUGAUAUUCUUAAAGGAUUUUUUAGUUCAACUUCUGAAACCAACAACUUCAAAUAUGAUACAACAUCACACACUUGGAUUCUUAGUCCGAGUAACCCUCCAAAAAAGUAUGCUCCUGAGUCAAUCAAUGUGGCCGAAUAUAAACGAUUGGCUUUAGAUGAAGUUUACAGGUUUUUCAGAGAGAUUUAUCACAGGAAUAGCCCAACCUUGACGAGUUUAUUUACUGAGCAUUCUCAACAUUUUAUUGAGUCCAUUUGUGAAAGGGAUGAUACUCUACGCUUUUUAUUAACGAUUAUUUCGCCAUCACAUGUUAGCACCAGCCAGUUUAUUGGGAAUUCCUUUAUUGAUUCUCUGGCUUAA